AUCAUUCCGCAGCGAGCCCGGGCUCUUGCACUGGGCAUGCUCAGUGGCCUGGCCCCGCUCGGCUGGUAAGUGGUGCGUCUGGGGCGCAGGGCUCGGGUCGGCUGGCUUCCAGGAGCGCGGGCUGGGCACUGCGGGCCCUGAGCCGGGAGCCAGACGCGCCCCGCGGUCCUCGCCGGCACGCAGGGCCCCCCCGGAGCCGCGGCGGACCGGAACCGGGGAGCCCCCCCCAACUUCGCGCCAAGUUCGGAACCACCUUCUGGGGGAGUCAUGCAAAUGAUGAUCCGGGACGUUCUGCUAGAAAUGGAUCAGGAGGAGGAGGAGGACGACGACGGGGAUAUCGGUGAUGUUCCUGCCUCCAGGAGGCCUUUUCUGACUCCUCACACUCUGCACCCAUCCAGUCGGGUGUUGGAAAACCUUGAACAGACAGUUGUCUCCAGUUUUGGAACACUGGAAAGUCAGCCUGAUUUCCAAACCCCAGAAUUUGAAGAAUUUAAUGGAAAACCCGACUCCCUCUUUUUUAACGACGGUCAGCGAAGAAUCGACUUUGUUCUAGUGUAUGAAGAUGAAAGUAGAAAAGAAACCAAUAAAAAGGGUUCAAAUGAAAAAAACAGGAGAAAAAGACGAGCAUAUGAAUCUAACCUCAUCUGUGGUGGCCUGCAGUUAGAAGCAACAAGAUCAAUUUUGGAUGAUAAGCUUGUAUUUGUGAAAGUACACGCCCCGUGGGAGGUGUUAUGUACGUAUGCUGAGAUAAUGCACAUCAAAUUGCCUCUGAAACCCAAUGAUCUGAAAACCCGGUCCUCAGCCUUCGGUAAUUUCAGCUGGUUUACCAAAGUCCUCCAAGUGGAUGAGAGUAUCAUCAAACCAGAGCAAGAGUUUUUCACUGCCCCAUUUGAGAAGAACCGUAUGAAUGAUUUUUAUAUUCAAGAUAGAGAUACUUUCUUCAAUCCAGCCACCAGAAGCCGCAUUGUUUACUUCAUCCUCUGUCGGAUCAAGUAUCAAGUAAGAGACAAUGUUAAAAAGUUUGGGAUUAACAAACUUGUCAGCUCUGGGAUCUACAAAGCAGCUUUCCCUCUCCAUGAUUGCAACUUCAGCCAUAAGUCAGAGGAUUUCAGCUGCCCGAAUGAGCGGUACCUUCUGUACAGGGAAUGGGCUCAUCCUCGAAGUAUAUACAAAAAGCAGCCCUUGGAUCUUAUCAGGAAAUAUUAUGGAGAAAAGAUUGGAAUCUACUUUGCCUGGCUGGGCUACUACACUCAGAUGCUCCUCCUGGCAGCGGUUGUGGGCGUGGCGUGCUUUCUCUAUGGAUAUGUUAAUCAGAAUAACUGCACAUGGAGCAAAGAAGUUUGUCAUCCUGAUAUUGGUGGCAAGAUCAUCAUGUGUCCUCAGUGUGAUAGGCUUUGUCCAUUCUGGAAACUCAAUAUUACUUGCGAGUCCUCAAAGAAAUUGUGUAUCUUUGACAGUUUUGGAACCCUAGUGUUUGCAGUAUUUAUGGGAGUAUGGGUUACUUUGUUUCUGGAGUUCUGGAAGCGGCGCCAGGCGGAGCUGGAGUAUGAGUGGGACACUGUCGAGUUGCAGCAGGAAGAGCAAGCCCGGCCGGAGUACGAGGCCCGGUGUACCCACGUGGUGAUCAACGAGAUCACUCAGGAAGAAGAGCGUGUUCCCUUCACCACCUGGGGAAAAUGUAUACGUAUCACCCUCUGUGCAAGUGCCGUCUUCUUCUGGAUCCUAUUGAUCAUCGCCUCAGUUAUCGGGAUCAUUGUCUACAGGCUCUCAGUGUUCAUUGUAUUUUCUGCAAAGCUUCCCAAGAAUCUUAAUGGAACAGAUCCCAUCCAGAAGUACCUGACUCCACAGACAGCCACGUCCAUCACUGCUUCUCUCAUCAGCUUUAUCAUCAUCAUGAUUUUGAACACCAUAUAUGAAAAAGUAGCAAUCAUGAUUACUAAUUUCGAACUCCCAAGGACCCAGACUGAUUAUGAGAACAGCCUGACCAUGAAGAUGUUCUUAUUCCAGUUUGUCAACUACUAUUCUUCAUGUUUCUACAUCGCGUUCUUUAAGGGCAAAUUUGUAGGUUAUCCUGGAGACCCGGUCUAUUGGCUGGGAAAAUACAGAAAUGAAGAGUGUGACCCAGGUGGCUGCCUCCUUGAACUGACGACACAGCUGACAAUAAUCAUGGGAGGAAAAGCGAUCUGGAAUAACAUACAAGAGGUGUUACUUCCCUGGGUCAUGAACCUAAUUGGACGAUGUCGCACGGUUUCCAGAGCAGAAAAGACAGCUCCGCGAUGGGAACAAGACUACCACCUGCAGCCCAUGGGCAAACUGGGCUUGUUUUAUGAAUAUCUUGAAAUGAUUAUUCAGUUUGGGUUCGUCACCUUAUUUGUGGCCUCUUUCCCACUGGCUCCCCUGUUGGCUCUGGUGAACAAUAUAUUGGAAAUAAGAGUGGAUGCAUGGAAAAUGACUACCCAGUAUAGACGCAUGGUUCCAGAAAAAGCCCAAGACAUCGGAGCAUGGCAGCCCAUCAUGCAAGGAAUAGCGAUUCUGGCUGUGGUGACCAAUGCCAUGAUCAUUGCCUUCACAUCAGACAUGAUCCCCCGCCUGGUGUAUUACUGGUCCUUCUCCGUCCCCCCCUAUGGGGACCACGCCCACUACACCAUGGAGGGUUACAUCAACAACACUCUCUCCUACUUCAACGUCGCAGACUUCAAAAACAGAAGCAAUGGAAAUCCAUAUUCUGGGCUUGAAAAACAUACCACAUGCAGGUAUCGUGAUUUCCGGUACCCACCUGGACACCCACAAGAGUAUAAACACAACAUCUACUACUGGCACGUGAUAGCAGCCAAGUUGGCUUUUAUCAUCGUCAUGGAGCAUGUCAUCUACUCUGUGAAAUUUUUUAUCUCCUAUGCAAUUCCAGAUGUAUCAAAGAGCACGAAGAGCAAGAUCAAGAGAGAAAAAUACCUAACGCAAAAGCUUCUGCACGAGAAUCACCUUAAAGAUGUGACAAAAAAUAUGGGGGUCAUAGCUGAGAGGAUGGUGGAAGUGGUAGAUAACAAUUUACGACCCAAAUUAGAAUAAGAGCUCUAGGUUCUGAGAAGCACUUUACAGAAUUUAACUCUGUCAGAAUAUAUUGUGAAUCACUAAUGAGAAUGUUUAAGUUAAAACACUUUGGCAAAUAGGAGUCUUAGCUAUUGCCAUUUUCAUACAGAUUAUUUUUCAGUUUCAGCUAGCCAUGGAGGAACUAGAAAGUGUAAAACUUAGAUCAAGAAGUGCAUAAAACUAAUCACCUGGAAAACCAGAAAUGUUACCCUUUUUGAUAAAUUUAAAUUUCAGUAACACAGAACAAGUCUCUGUGUGUGCUUAAAAACCACCUCUUCUGAAGCAGGAUGGAUUUUUGUUCCUCCAUUAUGAUUAUUUUCAUACCUUUCUGUUCUAAAGCCCAUGAUUCCCUGUAAGGCAGUGUUUCAUUUCUUCACUUCGCCAAAUCUGUGCCAGAGUUCUCUUUCCCUUACAAGUACUUUUGUUAAAGAGGACACAUGCUUUUGUGUGGUUAAAAAUAGCUAACUCAGAAUUUCAGUUUGAAGGCUGUCUUAAGUGGCAAAUAGACUCAAGAAUUUCCCAAUAUUUCAGUGUGUUAGUACAUCCCUACAGAAAACAAAACCUCACUUAAUAAGAGGAAAUAGUUUCCGUCUCCAUUUUGGCCUAUCUUUUCAUCUCAAAUACUCAAUGGAUUGCAAUAAAGAUAGCAAGGUUCUGAAGUGUAUUUGUACUAUUUCGCAGUGACACCUUUUAUGUUCCAGGAGCACCCUUAGAACAUUCUGUGCCUAAUCAGUGUUGACUGCUUCGCAGAUCUCAAGGGAGUCAGAUGACAAAAGCAGGGAAAGUUAUAGAUUCAAAUAGAAUUGUAACUCAUAUUGACCAGGAUAAUUCAUGUACCUCUUCUACAGAUAUGUAGUUUCUUAAAAUUACAUUUUUAUCAACAUAAUGGUCUAAAAGGAGAAGUCCAUCAGUUUGCCACCAGUUGCCCCUUAUUCAUUAGAUCCAGGAGGUACAGCAUCAGAGGUACCACCGGGCACCGCUCACUGUGCAGCCCUGGUGACAUGACGGGGCUGUGCACCCGCGCUUAAGAGUACAGCCACUCAGGGCUCCCUGCGUGGGGAGCGCCUUUUCCACAAGGAUUCCUCGUAUCCAAGUGAGGAGCAUACCAAAGCAUGUGCCGCGGUGGUGGUUCCCUCCAUUCCCUUGUUCCGGGCCCAGUAACUUGUCUGUAACUGCACGCACCAGGGCAGGGGUGGGGAGAGGAGGGGGACAGGAAUACAGCUGCAUCCCUCCCAAUCCAGAAGAGAGACUCUGGUUUUGAUUUGAGCUUCCAGCAUCCCAACACCGCGGUUUGGUCCCAACCCCUUCCCUGAGCUGCAGUAACUUCCCACUGACCGCCUGCACCACGCACACCUUGCCUUCAAGUUGUUCAGCUCAGCACUCUUUACUGAGCUUUCCUGCCUUUCAGGUGCAAGGCCCUCUGGUAGGCCCCGGAUGCAUCACUCACCCUUGACUCGGAACGGGGGAGUGCCGGGUGUGAGAGAGGGUGUCUGGCCCUGGGUUCUUACCGGGUGGGCCGCCACCCACUGGGGUGCUGCUACAUGCCCAGGUGCCAUAGGAGGCAAGCCACUCAGUCCCGCAGCAGAGGAGAAGGAAACUGUUUCAGUGAGAUUUAGAGGCUCGUUAUAAGAGAGCUGCUUAACUCAAGGUCACAAUUCUAAGUGCCUGCCAUGAAUGUUUCAACAAACAAAAAAAUCCAGAAUCCAAAAACAGUAUUUAUAUAGGACUUUUGCACUGUCCCAGUGGAUCAGGGACAACAUUUCACUAACUUUCUUGAUCACAAUGGCAAUGUGAAUGGAGUGCCCACGAUAGGCUGCACGAGCUCUGCCUCCACAGGGGUGUAAGAAGGGAGUUUCUUCCCAGCUUCUAGUCCCGCCCAGAGCGGGUGCAUCUGUUCCUUUCCCUGCUCACAUGGCGCAGAUCCCGGAAGUGACGCCAUUCCCGGAAGUGGCGUCACUCCUGCCCCUAGUACCUCAGCUCUUCUCUGAAGGGUAAGACGCUCUCUGUGUUGGAUUUGCCAACCACUCACUGUUUAUGGGAGCAUAGAGAAGGAAAUGUUUAUGCCUUAUCUCCUUGUAUAUAAGCUAGAACUUGAAAAAGUGUGCAUUUAUGUUUUCAUAAAUCAUCUUUCAUAAAUCAUCUUCAUAGUUUAAAAUGUGCUUUUGUGGACGGAGGGGGGGAAAAGGCAGAAAAUAUGAUGUGUGACACUGCCAGUAUUCCCCUAAGCAAUGAGGUAGUGGGGAUCUGGGGUCACCUGUGACACCGACAGUGUUAAUGGAACUCCAGUGCUGACUUGUCAGUGUGAAGACAAAUGUGGGACAGUCAGCAGGCCGUCACUGGGCUGAAUCUGUAAAUUUGAGCAGAAGCAGCACCCCAGGAAAAAGGGGGUGUGCGACAAUGCCCCUGUGAAAGGAAAACUCGGCGCUAGACCUCAGUGUAAACCACUAGAGAAUGUUUUGUUUUAUAUCCUUUUGUAAUGCCUGUGAAUUUUAACGGAUUGAAGCUUAGACCAAAAUACUUAGGGGAUUUGUCUUUAAAUAUCCCUCAAAUACUUUAGAUGUGUCAAUAGAAAGGGAACGCUGUCGUUUUUGUUUGAAAACUAAGCAAGGCCAUUUUGUAAACUGUCACCAAAUGCCUUCCCUUUUAAUUACCCGUGGGUGCAUCUUGAAUUUCAGAAAACAUUAAUUCACAGUGGGGGGCAGAAUGUGCUCUGUUAUCGAAACACUUCUUGUACCAUUUUCUCAUUGUGCCUAUUAUAUGUUAAGAUGUUUGAAAAGUUAAAAUGUAUGAGCAGCUUAACUAAAGUAGAACUGAAAUAUUCAUGAUGCUUUCAUACACUGUGGCAUACGAUGUAAAGUUUGUAAUGUUUUGUGAAUUUCUGUGCAUUUUAAUAUUCUUUUAUAAUUAUGAGCAUUUUAAUAAAUUCAUUUUUAAAAACCGCA